AUGCUGCACAUGCGGGCUGCUCUCUUGUCUUCCGUCCUCUUUUGCCUCCUGUCGCCUUCGUUCCCCUCGGGCGUGUCUAAGUUGUCGAGGGAAAGUCGCAGGUAUGCUCCCCUUGGAGGUCUGCUAGAAACCCCACCGAGACACUCGGUGACGAGAAUCUCCCUGGACAAGCUCAAGUCGCAGACCAAAAGCGUGCGGAGCCUGAGUAACUCAACUCGUUUGAGCGUCGAGCGAGCCUUCGACUCUUUGCUGGACGUCUGCACGUCCGACGCUGUGGUAACAGAGUCGCUGCGUCAGGCCUUCGAGACUCUCAAUGUCAUGAAGUCUUGUGGCGUCAAGCUAAGCAAGUCUGCCUAUCGCGCUGUUAUCAACGCCUGCAUCGGCUCUAUAACAGGACACGCCAAGCACACAGAUCAUGAACAGCAAUUGAUGUUGAAGAAAAAGAAAACUCUGCAGCAUCUCUCAUCUCUGGUGGCAUCUUGUGCCAUCAACUCUGUUCGAUGUGAGGCUUUGGACAUUGCCCUUGAGACUAUCUCGGCCAUGCACAACCAUUCCAUUCCUCUCGACCACACCGACUUCUCUCCUCUCUUCAAGGCCAUCGAAGUCUUCGCUGGUAACGCUGGUCCUCUGCAAGAAGGAAUCCGUAGCAUGCGGACGAUGCUCGACAUGGGUCACUCGCCGGACGCGAUUGUUUGCAAUGCUCUGCUAGAAGCCUGCACAGAGCUGUCUGCUGGAGGAGGCGUGUACGAGCAGAUCCUUCACCUGCUAGACUCUGCAAGAAGGGAACAUUGCGCUGACCCUUGGGCCUACUCAUCCGCACUCUUUGCGCUAAACGAAGCACAGAGAUACGUGCUGGGUAGCGGCCUUGAAGUGCUGGAACUAAUGAUCGAGAUGAACGUCAAGCCUGAUCCGGUGAUGUGCAACCUUCUCCUUAUGGAAUGUGGACAAGCCGUUGCUUGCAGCGGGGGUUGCCUGGUGGAGUCUUUGCAACUCAUCAAAUCUGCGGUUGAAGAAGGAAUCGAUCUGACUCAGCUUCCUUUUGAUAUGGUUGUCAAGUCCAGCGCUGAGGUUAUUGCACAUGAACAUGGGGCAAUCAGCCUUGGUGAUAAACUGAUUCGCAUGAUGAUCGAAGAAGAAAUUACGUUACAAUCAGAAUCUAUCGAGGCGUAUUUGCAUGGAUGUUCGGAAGCAGCGCGAGGGAGUGGAGUGUUUAAGAUCUUGAAUGGCAUCCUGGACAUCAUGCAAUCAAGCAGUAAUCCUGCAAAUCUUCGUGUUCAAUCAGAAAUCAUCCGCCUUUGCGCUCAUGCUGGGGGCAAAGGCGGAUCCUUAAGCAAGGCGCUGUCGGUGAUGCAGUACCUACGCUUGCAUGACGUCAAAUAUGAUGCAAAAGCUGUUCUUGACGUCAUGGAUGCCGCUUAUCAUUCCGCGAAUGGUGAAGGAUGCCUUUUCUAUGGCUAUAAGAUCUUGCAGAGAAAUGUUUUGCAGACCUCAGAAAUUUCAAGCGGCAGUGAAAUUCUAUGCGCGAUCUCAUCAGCUGCUGAAAACUCUUUUGAGUUGAACACGCGAACAAAAGAUCCGUACUACGUUUUGUCAAAGAAAGUUGGUCAUCAACGUCCACACAACUCCUCCUCAGCGGCCAGAUCAAGCUCAGUAGGUGUUGCGAGUGAGGUUGUGCUGGAAGGCGUCAAGGUUGUGGAAUCGUUGAGUCCUCAGCAACUUCAUCGCGCUGUUUCUUUGGCGAUCGAGACCAUCUUGAAGGAGUGCGCGGGCGUGAAAUCGGUUGGGUUCUUGGAUGACCUUGAGGGAUCUGAGACCCAAGAAGGAAUUUUUCGACUUGGUAUUGAGGUCUUUCAAACAAUGGCUGAUGCGGGGUUGAAGCCGUCAGAUCAGGCGAUUUGUUCGUUGAUAUCUACGAGUUGCAACUCUGGAUUGGUGGCGAACGAAGGAGUCUCGAGAUGCAUUCAACUUCUCAAACGAGUCAAGGUUGCUAAGUGGAAGGUUGAAGACAAUCAGUUGGAAUACUUUGCAAAACGAGUUCUUGAAUUCUGUGCGAUGGAGUGCUCGAGAGCUCCGACUACCAUCUCCUUGGGAAUUUCCCUACUCAAACAGAUGCAGUCGACAGGAGUUAAUGCCGACGCCACAGUCUGUGAACAUUUGGUUUCAGCCGCAGCUGUGGCACAGACAGGAGCGUACAAAACAGCCAUGGAGGUGCUCAACUUUGUUGACGGGAAAACGAUGGACUCGAAGAACGAUGAAAAAUCUUUCAAGGACUUGACAAAAUCACGAACUGCCUCAAGUAGACCCAGCGAUCUUGAAGCAUCUUUGAGUGGUAGUCAAUCUCCUGCAGCUUCAAAAAGCUUUCGAUCCCCUUCCUUGGACUCCCUUGCCACCGUCCCACGAACACCCAAGGAUAGCAUUAAGCGCAUUGGGGUUGUACCAGACAAGCUGCCCAAGACGCCGACUCCUCUUCUGUCUGCCUCGAAAUGCCUUCCAAGGUCAUCGCCCACCCGACGAACUCUUUUCUCUGAAGACAAGAGUCCUGCAGACAUGGACAGCUUCUCUUGA